AUGCGGAGUCAGAGAACACUCAGGAAACGCGAUGAAGUGAAUGUGAGUCAGGGAGAAGAAGGGAGAAGAGAAAAGGUGUCACUUUACAGAUUUCUCAACAAGAAUGUGUUACAGGAAAGUAUGCACGCGGUGCCUAGAGACAGUUUUCUCAUAAGAAGUUUCCUCACCAAGACAGUGAAUGUCCUAGAAGUUGGCCAGCACAGGGACUGGAACAGAGUGUUUCUGAGGAGACCAGAGCCCUGCAGGUCACCCAUGUCUUCUUCAUGUUUGUUCUUUGUGUUGUUUGCUGCCUCAGAUGUUCUAGCUGCUCCAAAUGUAGCCAUUGAGAAUGCCAGCCCUCUCCUAGAAAAUGCCUCUGAGCACACACGGGCUGCCACAGUCACUGUGUCUGUCUCACCUCACACUUCUCUGGUUGGAGAUCCUGUCAUUCUUAAUGCCAGCCCAGCCGUGCACCCAUUCAUGCUGUCUCGAAGAUCCUCACAUCUGUGGGAUUUAUUCAUUACUGGAGUACCCAAGCUGGACUUUGAGGCGGUAGCCCUCUACUCCUUGACAAUUUAUGUCAAAGACGACCAUGGAGCAGCAGCAUCACAGAGUAUUUUGGUCCAAAUUGCAGAUGUGAAUGAGCCGCCUACCUUCACUGGGUCCCUUGCCCAGAGAGACCAAGUUACAGAGAUUUAUAUUGCAGAAGAUACAGUCCCAGGCACUAUCAUUUACAAAGCAAUGGCCAAGGACCCUGAGAAUGCUGUUUUGGAGUAUUUCAUUUCUCCGGAGAGCUCCGGCUUCACAAUUGACAGGAGUGGAACAAUUUCCACAGCAACGGUUUUCGAUUUUGAGAGGGAAAAUAGAAGUUUUUCACUGGUUGUUAAAGUGGUUGAUCCUGGAGGACUGUUUGCUACUGGAAAUCUAAGGAUUUUCCUCAUCAAUGUCAACAAUAAGGAUCCUACUCUUGUCUGCAGUUUAUUCAAUAUUGAAAACGGUGUUUUGAGUGUUGCCUCUAUAAACUCAACUCUGCACAAAAAUGUCAACAUCACACUGGAUGAAGAGAUUCCAGUUGGGAAGAUGGUUGGAAGAUGUCAGGCAACUGAUGAAGAUAACCUGGGAGAUUUAACCUUUGGACUAGAUACAGGGAACAGUUACUUUGCAGUCGACAAAGAAAAGGGGACUGUGGUUACUACUACCCGUCUUGAUGUGGAGAAAGCUGGGUUUGCAAGUUCUCAGGCCUUCUCCAUUAAGGCUUGUGAUGGUGACCAGAGGUGUGCAGCAAUUCUAGUGACUGCCUAUAUUCGUGGCAUUAAUGACAACUCCCCUUUCUGUGACCGAUAUCUGAUUAGGUACACAGGCAAGGAUGUGAUUGCAAAAGGCACAGUAGUUGCAAAGCUCUUGUGUCAUGACCUUGACAAACCACCCACUGCAAUUCAUUACGUUCCGACCUCAGGCCCUGUUGGUUCUGGACAACUAUUUGAACAAGUACCAGAUGCUGAAAACUGCAUUCAGGUUUCCAAAGAGCUGGAUUAUGAGAACGCAGAGGUGGUUGCAGCAGGACACAUCUAUGAAAUGAUGAUUUCAGUGUCUGAUGACUUACUUCCCUCUCAUACAGUGACUGUGACAAUCAUUGUGGACAUUGCUCCUGACAACGAAUUCAGUCCCAAAUUUCAAGCUGCACAUUAUUCAUUUUCAGUUCCAGAAACAUCCGGAGCCUUCUACAAGGUUGGACAAGUAACUGCUAUCGAUGAGGACCACCCCCCAAAUUGUCUGACCUACAAGAUAAUCAAUGGAGACAUCCAGGCUGUACGAAGGUUCUGGAUUGACCCUCUCUCUGGAAUGAUUGAACUUACCACACAGCCAGACUAUGAAUCAGUGAGUCAAUACAACCUCAUAGUGGAAGCUGUGGACUGUGACAGAGCUCAUCCCCGCUCAGCCGUGACCACAGUCACUGUUGACAUCGAAGACGAGAACGAUGAAGCACCUGCCUGCACACCCUAUCUAUAUGAGGCAGUCAUCUCUGACAAUGUGGUUGCUGGGACAAAUGUCAAUGGCCUGAAACUAAACUGUCAUGACAGAGAUUCACAAGAUUUUGAAAUGCGCUUUGAAAUAGUUUCUGGAAAUGAGAACCAGCAUUUCAGAUUUGACCCAAGUCGAGGUUCAAAUACUCCAAAAUUAAUUGUGAAGAAUCCUUUUACCUUUGAAACUGGAGCUGAACUGCAGCAGCGCUAUCAUCUUGUGGUGCAUGUAAUUGAUGACAAUCUGAAAUAUGGCAAAUCCACCAAGCCCAGAACAGGCACCGCUAUCAUAGAUAUUUAUGUGAUAAGAACCAGCACGCCACCUCCUCCAACCAGUUCUGAACAAAGAAAAGGUCUGACCAUUGUGUACACAGCUGUGAACACAUACAAAUCCAGUGACUGGUAUGUUCCUUUCAUCUUCACUCUGAUGGCUAUUUUCUUCGUUGCACUGGUUUCCUGGAUAUGUUUUUUGCUUUGGAGAUUUGGAAACGUUAUGGACUCUUCUCAGAAAAUGGCCAAGGAAGUCUCCAAGUCCAAACUCAAAGGAAUGAAGUAUGUUACAGGAGAUAGAAAUCAAAAAGAACAAAAAGUUUUCACAGGAACCAGAAGUAAAAAUCUAGAAGUAUUAACAGAAGCCACUGUGUAUGAGACUAUCUUUGAUGGAGAAGCCAUUGAUCCAGUCUCUGGUAAUGUGUAUGAAUAUAACAGCAGAACGGGUGCAAGGAAAUGGAAGAGGCUCCCUCAGCACCAGGAAGAGUCCUUUGAGAACCUACAGGCCCAUCCCUUGGAGGAAUCAACAGCCUUAAAAGUUCCUGUGUAUCAAUAG